CAGUGUCCGAUUCCGACAUAGGGAGAGAGGAAUACAAAUGGGAAUUUUUUUGAAACAAGUUGGCCAAAACCCAAAGCGUUGGCUAUUUUUCAGUUGACUUGGAAAUCUAAGAAUUUCAUUGACUCCUUAAAAGUACAACAGCUGUAAUUGGCAUUGCACUAGAAUGGGGAAUUUUUCUUACUUUUUUUUUUAAGAAAGCAACGACUAUUAAAUCAAAUCACGAUGUACAAUAUCUGUAAGCCAGAUUGGAAAAAUCCGACUUCCAGAUCAUUACACCAUUCGACCAAGCGGCGAAAUUCGCUAAAGCAUGAGCGACACGAUUUGCCUCUCUGCGAGCAUGACAAAACUCGAUAACAAUCCUAUCCUUCAAACGGACGAAGGCCUCAAACAACUCGUCACUCAAGGAGUCCAUACCUCGAAAGUCCUCUUGCAAGACGUGCACCGCAAUAAGAGAAUCCGUGAACGCCAUCACAGGACCCAAAUCAUUCUCAAGACAGAAGCCAACUCCAAGCAUCAAAGUAUGCAAUUCACCCAUCAGCGUGGUCUCGGUGCAGCCAACCUAACGCGCCACUGCUGCGAGAAUAACCCCAGCCGAGUCUCUGAUCAGGAAGUCAACCCCAACUGAACUGCCACCAUCGUGAACAGAGACGUCAACGUCAAGGCGCAGAGUGCCGCGACGAGGAGGAAUCCUUGCAUCUAUUUUAUAAAUAUUUUAAUUAAAGAUUAUAUGUAGAUUGAGGGUAAAAAAAAAAAAGGAAAAUUAACGACGGGCAUCUUAACUCUUAAGACAUAUUAAUUGAAUUAAUUAUAUAUAUACCCAAAAGAAAAGGAAAGAAAAAGAGGAAGAAAGUGGGGGAAAGAAAGAGUAAGUGCAUUUGAUGUUAAUUAUUCAAAUGAAAAGAAACUUUUGGGCUUUAUCCCUUUAAUCUUUAUCUUUAUGCUCCCACUUUGCACUCAACAUACCUGGCCCUGGGACCCACUUUCCUGGUUUUCAAACUAAACAAGAUCAUGACAUGGACAAAAAGUCGAGCAUCAACUUUUUCACUUCUAAUUGGCUACUGCAUCAUUUAUUAAUUACACUGAUCGUAUAUAUAUACAUAUUCUAUACAACUACAACAAUAUUUUCAUUACAUAAAAUCCUAUACUUGACAAGUCAAAACUCGUUACAUCAUAUACCCUUAAAUACUUGUUCAUCACACCAAAUUACUUCUGCAAUUAAAUCUAAUCCCCUCUCUCUCUCUGUCUCUCUCUUUUCUGUUUCUCUCUCUUCUUCGUAUGGCGGAGGUGGAGGAGACAAGCAUAUCGGGGAUCAAGUUGUUCGGCACAACGAUUCCAAUCAACAAGGAAAGAUCAUCAGAAGCGAAGGAUGGUGGAGAAUCAACGGAGGAUGAUCGGACGGCGGAGAAGAGGGCGGCGGAGAAGAUCAUCCGGUGCCCGAGGUGCAAGAGCAUGGAGACCAAGUUUUGUUACUUCAACAACUACAAUGUUAAUCAGCCCCGACACUUCUGUCGGGGCUGCCAGAGGUACUGGACCGCCGGCGGGGCUCUCCGCAACGUGCCCGUCGGCGCAGGCCGCCGCAAAAAUAAGCCGCCCGCGCCGGAGGGCUGCUUCUUCCACGGCGACUGGCCGCCGCCGCCCAAGAGGAGGAGAUGCGAUCCCAAUGCUCAAAGUUGCUGAAAUAUCCGCCUUCUUGUCUUCUAGUUAAUUCAACAACAAAUUUAAUCGUAAAAAAGAAAGGGAAUAUAUAUAAAAUGUUCAUUUUCUA